AUGUCGAAGCAAUCCCAUGACGUCCUUGAUACAGCCGUCGCGUUCCUCCAGAAGCGGGACGGCACCGACAAAGUGCUCAAAAUCUGCCGGUACUCCGUCAAGCUCCUCCUCGCCGUCACGUUAAACCAUCCCUCGCAAACAGCCGGCUCCGGCUCCGGUCCUCAGUCUGAAACCGUUCGACGGCUCAAGAGCUUCGAGUCGAGCGUGGGGGCGAGCCGGAAAGCCCUGCGCGUGGGGAAGUUUCUGCAAGACGUGGACGCGCUGAGGAAGGCUCCGCCAUUCAGCAGCGUGGAGGGGUUUCUGGAGCUCGUCGCGAGCGGCGGCGAGGGGGUGUACUACUUCGUGGAGCAGCUCGUGUGGCUGCCUCUUCCCCACCUCUUUCCACCUCCUCAAACCUCGUUCUAUUUCUUUCUCCACCAUCCGCCCAUGUUCUCCCUACCUUUCACUUCCCUCUUCCCCAGCCUCCUCCAACCUCUUCCCAACCUCUUCCCAACCUCUUCCCAGCCUCCUCCAACCUCUUCCCAACCUCUUCCCAGCCUCCUCCCAACCCAACCUCUUCCGGCAUGGGUUCAUGAGGGGAGUGAGGUGAACCCAGCUACCCUUGCGUGCACUCCAUUAAGAAACCUGCUAAACCUUUCCUUCCCCUCUCCUGACUACCCCUCCUCGAGCCACAACGCCCUUCCCUCAUCCCAUUCACGCCACCAGCGGCUCACGAGGUGCCAAUCCUUCCCUUCCUCGGGCCAUGCCGCCCCACCCUCACCUCACUCCCUUCACUUCGGCUUGUCGUGGGUUCACGAGCCAGGACCUGUGGUUGGUGCCUGGGAGGAGGAGGAGGAGGAGGAGGAGGAGGAGGAGGAGGAGGAGGAGGAGGAGGAGGAGGAGGAGGAGGAGGAGGAGGAGGAGGAGGAGGAGGAGGAGGAGGAGGAGGAGGAGGAGGAGGAGGAGGAGGAGGAACCCUUGGACCACCUGGGAUAG